GUCCAGAGGCUGACCGAGAGACCAGAAUCCCAAGCUGAGGACCGACGGCUUGAGAGCAUAGUCGACGCGAAGAUCCUGAGCAGGAUAGGAGUCUUCUCAGGCGCAGACGAAGAAUGGAGGCAGUGGUGUUUCGUGUUCGAGUCAACGGCAGGGCUCGUCGACCUAGAGCAGAUCAUGAUUCACUGCGAGAACACGGGCGAGACGGAGCUAGGCUGGGCAACUCAAUCGGAGAUAAUCCAAUUGAGGAUGAAGGUGCUGUAUCACUUGCUGAUCGCCACGACGAGAGGCAAGGCCCUCACGAUCCCCCAGAUGGUGCCAAAGAACAACGGUGCCAUAGGUUGGAAGAGGCUCAAGGAUGAGUAUGAGCCGAAGUCUGGCGGAAGACUUACGGCGAUGCUGAUGGGCGUGCUCACGCCAGAGUGGGAGACGGCCAUCAGGGGCGGCAUCCGCAUGUGGGAGGCUGCCUGGAAGGAGCGGGAGAAGAGCGUCUCACUCUACGAAGCUCAUUCCUUGGAGAAGGACGUGAAGGCCGUGGUCCGUCAAGCUCUGGGGGCGAUUGGCCAGGACUACCACAAGCUGGCCAAGGUUGCCACGGACUACAUUGCCAGUGGCAAGGUCUACGAGACCACUGGAGCACCCCGCGGCAUCCAGUACGAUGGACCCAUGCCCAUGGACGUCGGCAUGGUGAACGAGAAUGGAGACGUUGGCGGCAUCUUCAAGCCACCGAAGGGGCACGGCAAGCAGUCGAGGAAGGACGCUGGCAAGGGUCGGGACUCAGAUCGCGACACCUGCAAGAACUGUGACAAACGGGGCCAUUGGUCAAGGGAUUGCUGGGCCCCAGGAGGUGGAGCAGCCAACCAGAUGAAAGGCAAGGGCAAGGACGUGGAAGGCGGAAAAGGAGGUAAAGAGAGGAAGAAGUGCGGCAAAUGCGAGAAGCCAGGCCAUGAGGCCAAGGAUUGCAGGUCACACAUCAAGUGCGACAAGUGCGGGAAGAUGGGCCACAAAGCUUCAGAGUACAGGUCGAAGCCAGAGAAUGCUGAGGUCAAGAGAAUAGUCAACGAGCAGGACGAGCUGUGGGCCAUGGGCGUCACCGAGAGCGUGAACACCAUCGGCGACGGCAGCAAGUACGCGUGGGUCUCGAUCGAUAGCGGGUCGGACGUUGACGGAUGUCCCCUCGGCUUUGGUCACUCGAGCGACGACGUCGAGGAUCCCACCAAGGUUGAGCUGAGGACGGCCACCAACGACGAGAUCCAGGACUACGGCGAGCGGAACGUCGGCAUCGCGUUUCUGGACGGGGCUGGCCACGAGGUGAUGGCCACGAACCGAUUUCGCAUCGGCGACUUCAGCAAGCCCGUGCUCAGCUGUGGCAUCAGAGUCAUGGGAGGAGCGGUCAUUCACUUGGAGACGGGGAACAGCUACAUGGCCCCGCCGAGCGCGAAUGGCGCCCAGGGGAAGAUACCCCUGACAAUGAUCGGGAAGAGCUUCUACGCGAGGUGUCGGGUGCUCGAGGACCACCACCAGGACCUCAAGCUGCACCUGCACCACCAGAUCAUCGAGCUGCACCUGCACCACCAGAACCUCAAGCCGCACCUGCACCACCACCACAAGCAGGCAUUGAGAGCUCGCCUGAAGGAGCUCAGGAGGCUUGGGAUCAUCGGUGCGGCCAUCUACGGCACCAAGAAGCAGCUGUGGGAGAGGCUCGUCAAGUGCGAGCACCAGCUGGAUGAGACGAUGAAGGUCAAGGAGGCCCUCGAGGAGCGUCAACGGCGACUCCAAGAAGGCGUCGAUCCCGAAGUGCCGAGGACGCUGAAGAUCCCAGAGUGGCCUGACGCAGGGACCGUGCGGCAGCACGAGCUUACGCACGCGAAGUUCGAGCCCUGGCGCCUGGAGUGCGUGUUCGGAAAGGGAGAUGCCGCACCUCAUCGGGGAGUUCAGUUUCUUACGGGCAAGGAGCCAGAGGUGCCCGUCGUGCAGAUCGACUACCAUUUCUUGAAGGACGAUGGCGAGGAGACCGAGGACGCGGCCAACCGCUUCUCCACCACGCUGGGCGUCAUCGACUGCGACACGGGUGUUCCUCUGCAGCUCAGCCUCCCAGAGAAGGGAGGCAACCACGACUGCACUGUGACCUCGAUCGUGAGCUUCCUCAGGCGGCUGGGCGCCACUCAGCUCAGGCUCAGGAGUGACGGAGAGCGGAGCAUUGUCAGCAUAGCAAAUGCGGUGGCAGCCGAGAGACUCAAGUUCGAUGGCUACAAGGUCACAGUGGAGCAGACCCCCAGGUACUCGUCGCAGUCGCUCGGGGCCGCGGGGGCGCAGCAGAAGAUCUUGCAGGGCCAGACCAGAGCGAUCCGAGCUGCAACAGAGAAUAUGCUUGGCAUCAAGAUAGGGCCAGGUCAUGUUCUGUGGCCAUGGCUUGUUAGACACGUGGGCUUCAUCACGGAGAUGUUCCACAUCAAGUCAAACGGACGGACUCCUCAUCAAGAUGCUACUGGUACCAAAUACCAUGGCGUCGUCCUGAAGUUCGCAGAGACUGCCAUGUUCAAGCAUCCGAUGUCGUCGAGUGGCCACAUGACAGGAGGCAGGCGUAGUCGCAAGCCCAAGUCGAUGUGGGAGAAGGGCGUCUUCCUGGGCAAGACCUACGAGAGCGACGAGUUCCUCAUGGGGACGAGCAGCGGGGUGCACUUGGUCAGGACUGUGCGCAGGCUCCCAGUGGAGGACCAAUGCGACCUCGAGCUCGUGGCCAAGAUAGUUGGGGUCCCCUGGGGCCGAGGCAUCGGCCAGAUCGGAAGGCCGAAAGGCAAGAGGGUGGUCAUUCUCCCGACUGCCCCACCUGAGAAGAAGCAAGAGGAGACCGAGGUCGACGAUACCAAGGAGGAGAAGGGAGUUCCAGACCCCACGGUGGAGAGAGGAGUUGCCGAGGACGGGAACAGCUACGCGAGUGCCAGGAGUAGGACAGGCAGCGGCUACAUGGAUGACGUGGUUGAGAUGGGCACCGUCGGAGGCGUCGACGGCUUCGUGACGGACGAGAUCGACCCGAUGCCCGUCAUGGAUCCAGAGAUGGAUAUCCAUUGGCACGAGGGAGAGUAUGACGUGGACCUCAUCAAGGCAGGCAAGUGCAAGGAUAUCAACACGAUGCAGGAGUUUGGAGUGUUUGAGGCGGUGUCUCCUGAUGAGAUAGAUUCCACUUGGACGAGGUUGUCAACCAAGUGGGUGCACCAGGAGAAGGGUGAAGAGAUCCGCUGUCGCUUCGUUGCCAGGGAGUUCAAGAGCAAGGACCCCGAGCGCGAGAGGCUAUUCACGCCGGCCAGCGAACCCACGACUGGCAGGCUCAUUGACUUCAAGGCGGUGAAGCGGGACCAGCCCACCGUCAUCAUCGACGCUGUCAAUGCCUACUUCCACGCUGAACAAGACAGGCUCGUGGCGGUGGUGCCGCCUCGGGAGUGGAUCGAGGCCGAGGAGAUCAAGGGCAAUACUACGAGGACGAUGUGGAGGAUGAAGAAGAAGCUCUAUGGCGAGAGGGACGCGAGCAGGGGCUUCAGUGACUUCAUGAACCGCACCCUCGUCUCAGAGAUGGAGAUUGAACAAUGUCCUGAUCAGCCAUGCUUCUGCCGCCGAGAGCGGGAUUCAGUGGACCUGGAGCUUCAUCAGGAUGACAUCUACGCGACAGCUGAUGACAGCAACCUCCAAGCGUUCACGACGAAGCUCAGCAGCAAGGUCAAGAUCAAGGUGAGCAAGCUACUCAAGGUAGGUGCGAAGUACCAACAUCUGAAAGGAGGGCGAGUGAGAGUCGAGGACGGCAUGUUCUUGACGGGCAACAGGAAGUACGCGGACAAGAUCGUAAAGCUGCUGAACCUCGGCAAGGCGAAGAGCUCGCCCACGCCCAUUGUGACGAAGCUACUGCAGGAGGACUUCGAGCAUCUGCUGAACGCCGAGGAGACCAGUCUCUACAGGCAGUGCGUGGGCAUCGCGAGGUACAUGGUCAACUACGUCACGGAGGUCACGUUCGCUGUCCACGUGCUGAGCAAGAGGUUGGCCACGCCCACCGACAACGACAUGAAGAGGCUCAAGCACCUCGGCAGGUACCUACUCGGAGUUCGAGACUACGCACUGUUCUUUCCCAGAGCUGGAGAGACAGAGAUUUUGGAGUGCUACGCUGAUUCAGAUUGGGCUGGAGACACCAUCGACAGAAAGAGUGUUUCUUGCGGGGUGUUGUGCUGCGGUGGCUGCGCGCUUCUCGAGUACUCGCGCGGUCAGUGUACCCAAGCGCUGAGCUCAGGAGAAGCCGAGUACUACGCAUCGGUGACAGCAGCCGCCGAGGCAAUCCACCUCCAGAGCGUGAUGGGUUUCUUGGACAUGGACGUGAAGAUCAGGAUCCGCAUAGACUCCUCUGCGGGCAAGGCGGUCUGCCACCGCGUUGGAGUGGGGAGGAUCCGCCACCUUGAGGUCCGCACCCUGUGGCUCCAGGCUAAGGUGCGAGACAAGAAGCUGGUGGUGAUCAAGCAGGCUGGGGAGACCAACCUGGCCGACGUGGGUACCAAGGCGCUGACGAGUCAGAGGUUCCACUGGUUGAGGGCACAGCUGGGGCGACGGCCGUUGGCUGGCGCGGAUGACAUGGAGGAGAGCACGGCUGUUAGGGUCAACAUCGUGAGCGACUCGACGUCCAAGAUGGCGAGGGCCGGCGCGGCCCUGAUCGCUCUCCUGGACAGCCUGGGCUCGGUGAAGGCGGACGGUGAGUGCGACGUCUACGGCUACGACAAGGACAAGAAGGAGAUCUCCCUGCAGGACACCCGUCAAGAGACUGGCGUGCACCUCCAGGGCAUGAUGCUCAUCGUGGUCAUGAUCACUAUCAUGAUCGUAGCAUGCGCAGUCGGUGGCUGCGCGGGCUGGUGCAUCGGCUAUUUCAUGAGGCCGAGUUGCACGAGCGAGAGCAGGCAGGAUAAGGAGAAGGUAGAGCUCUCCCAGAGGGCCAUCAGGACCAAGAAGCUGAAGGUCGAAUACAGGACCGUCUCGACCCAGAGCCAGGUGACGUACUCCUGGCAUCGGGAAAGUCCGAGGUUCACACCACUGGGAGAGAGGGCCCAGGGGGCCUGGGCUGAGUGA